AUGCGGGGGUUCGUGCUGCGGGAAGCCGCCAAGCGCUUCCCCUGGCUGGCUAACGUGACGCUUUACGGCGGCCUGUUCGCCGGAGGCGACCUGGUGCACCAGCUGCUGGCGCACAAGGAGCGCCUAGACUGGACGCAUACGCGCAACGUGGCCGUGGUGGCGGUCACCUUCCACGGUAACUUCAACUACUUCUGGAUGAGGGCGCUGGAGCGACGCUUUCCCGGGAAGUCGGCUGGGAUGCUCUUCCGAAAGCUGCUUCUGGACCAGAGCUUCGCCUCGCCGUUGGCAACCAGUGUCUUUUACACGGGUGUGAGCUUCCUAGAGGGCAAAGAGGACAUUUUUGAAGACUGGCGGGAAAAGUUCUUCAACACAUGGAAGACUGGACUCAUGUACUGGCCUUUCAUGCAGCUGCUGAAUUUCGCCUUGCUGCCUCUGCACAUGCGCACGGCCUUCAUGGGCUGCUGCGCUUUCCUUUGGGCCACUUUUCUCUGUUUCUCCCGGCAAGAUGGCGACGGCACAGCUGGUGUGGCACUGGCCUUCGUCAUGGACCCCCGCAAGACUCUAGAGGAGAUGCGACAGGCCCGCCUGGCCAGGAAACGUGACCGAGGGACCCAUAAGGACAAAUAG